UAUCCCAUAUAUUAUAGGCCAAACUAUGAAGUAACGGAGCUAACAUGGGAAAACGGACAACUAGGGUUGCAUGGACUAGGUGGUGCUAUUAUUACUCCUCAAACUACUAAACAUGAUAACCAAACUUGGGAUGCUGCUGGUAAUAAUAAUAAUAACAAUAAACCCGCCGAUCACACUCUCGAAUCCAUCGUUCACCACGCCACUAAUUUCCCGCCACAACAACAAAAUUACUCAAGACUGCCGCCUCCGCCUCGUCCCACUUCCUCCGCCGGAAAAUGGGGUGGUCAUGAUCAUAAUAACUUGAACUCCUCCUCGUCAUCCAUGGCGGCACCGCCACCGUGUCGCGGUGGAGAAUGGAGGUCUUCGUCGUCGGGGGUUAACGGAGAGCGGAGGCCGGCGAAUGAAGAAGAUAAAGGGGUGAAGAUGCAGAAUAUGAUUAGCUCGAUGGCGGCUUCUUCUUCGGGAGGGAAUAAUAAAAGGGUAAGAACGGAAUAUUCCGAUAAAGUAGUACAAGUGGAAGAAAGCGCGUGCGCGAGCGCGAGUGCAACCUUUUGCAGAGAUGCGGAUACGAUGAUGACGUGGGCUUCAUUUGAAUCUCCCCGGAGUUUGAAGCCUCCUACAAAUGCAGAUGAUGAUUCUGCCUAUCAAGAUUGCUCCGAAAACCAGGACGGAGAGCGCAUGACUAAAGGGGAAAGCUUCCGUUCACAAUCAUCGGCACGGCGUAGUCGUGCUGCAACCAUCCAUAAUCAGUCGGAACGGAGACGAAGAGACAGGAUCAACGAGAAGAUGAAGGCUCUUCAAAAAUUGGUACCGAAUGCGAGUAAGACCGAUAAAGCGUCGAUGCUCGACGAGGUAAUCGAGUACUUGAAACAACUCCAAUCACAAGUCCACAUGAUGAGUAAUGCAAGAAACAACAUGCCACAAAUGGUGAUGCCCAACAUGGGAAUGCAACAACUACAAAUGUCUCUUUUGGCGCGCAUGGCCGGAAUGGGAAUGGGGAUGGGGAUGGGAAUGGGAAUGCUCGAUGUCAACAAUUUGGCACGGAAUCAACACGUCCCGCAUUCGUUCCCUCAACUCAUGCACGCGGCUUCGCCUCUCGGUGGGCCCGCCCCUUCGUUUGUGACGUCACCGUUCAACAUGCCUCCGGUGAUGCCCCCUCAAACGAAUCCUUUGAAAGCCAACGACGCGUAUAACGCAUUCAUCGCACAACAAUCAAUGAAUAUGGAUUUCUUGAACAAAAUGUCAGCCCUCUACGGACAACAGGCGGCCAAUCAGAUGCCAAAGAAAUCUGCCAGCUCAUCACAGCCAAACCAUGGUCAAGGAGACUGACAACUAUACUUUAGCAAGUACAAAGUAUUGAAAUAUUUUUAUAUAUAUUAUAUAAAUAAACCUAUAUGUAUAUGGUUCAAUGUAUCAAUUAUUCUUCAUUUGUUAUAUAUUACAUAUAUCGAUUUCCAAAAAAAAAUGUUUUGGACACUUAGAAAAAAUAAUUAGGGUUUUGAACAUGCUUUGAACACUUGAUAUGGAUGUGUGAAUUUGUUAUAUUUGUUAGUAUUCUUCAUAUUUCUAUU